GUCACCUACCUUUAAACGUAAAUAUCGUACGUACUCCCACCUUAUCUCGUAAAUCUUCUUCAAAUAGUCUUGGACAGGAUGUCGUGAUCAUCUGCUGACGGAGGCGAAUUGCAGGUACGUAAGUAGCAACAUGCAACUGAAGCGUCCCUUUUUCUACUUCUCUUUCUCCCGUAUCGGUACAUCACCUUACAUGUACAUAUGUACAUCAGAUUCCAACAGCAGUUGGUGUUGUGAGCUCAAGAUGUUCACAUCUCUCAUUUUGAUCUGCCUCCUUGGAUUGACUUCGUUCCAGGCUAACGCCCAAGAUGGGAGCACGGAUGAUCCUUGUCAAAGCUUUGAACGGGGUGGUAUUUGUCCGCUGACAAUCGACAAUGUGCUCGAGAUCGACAGCAAGUCUAUGAAGACGGUGAAGGAGUGUCAGUAUUCCUGCUUCAGAGACAAGCUCUGUAAUCAUUUUACGUUCUUUAAACGACACGGUACCGAACAGAAAUGUGUUCACUUCAAGGAGUGUCCUGAGCAAACUCCAUGCAAAUCUUGUUUCACUGGACCGGGAGAACCAAGCAUUUCAGAGUGUGGCGAUUUGACCACACCAACUGAGCUGAGUGCUACAAUAGUCACAACCGAAGACGGUCCGAGCAAAACCACCACUACAGUUCUCACGCCCGAUGAAUUGGAAGCCCUGGCCAUUACUAUUGUGAGUGACAGGACCACCACUUUAUCGGAGGAUGAGACCACAACUGAUGUGGGGAAGACAGAAACAACAAUAAUAACAAAGGACGAAGGACGAACCACGGAUCGUAUGUUGACAAGGACACCCAAACAAUUAGAUGUUAACGAAAUGGAAGAUGUAGACGGAGAAGACGAGCCAACAGGGAAUGAUAUUGACGAAUUUGAAGUCUCAGGUAUAGAUGACGGACUACUCACUGGUCAACCAGAGCCGACCGAGCUUCCAAACCCAGCCACAGAGGUCCCAGAACUUCUUCCGGCGAAUCCGGAAAAUGAUGAAGAUAUGGAAAUCGACAUGACCGAUGACGAUGAGGCGUUUUCUGACGAUUACUUCGAUGAGGAGGAACGCACCACCUCCAAUCCUGACGGAGACACUGAAGGGAUCGUACCAAGGAACAAAGUAUUCAAUUGUCUCUCCGGAGGCUAUGGACCUUUGGGGCCCAAUCCGACCAUCUCCCCCAUGGUUCCAACUUUGAUCCGACGUCGGGUACAAAUUCCAUCUUUGCCGCCUCAAUUCCCAUUGGGCAAAGAGGGGUCCAUGUCAACCAUGAUGAAUGCCCAAUUACUCAUGUGCAGUCCAGGUGCACAACGUGGGAGCUCUCUUUUGGGAAGUCUAUUGUUAGGUUUCUCCAAUUUCCAGCCCGGAGGUUGUUUUGGUUUUUCUAGUGAACUUCGCCUUUGGGAACCGGUGGGCAGUCCCAUGAACACGUUCCGUGGAGGUAGCUCCAUCAACCGAAUGGGUCGCUUCCUCGUGGCCACGGGCGGCCGUGGGUUUCCCCAACCCCUCAACUCCAUCGAGGUCCUUAACACCCGAAACCCCAAGCGUUGGCGAACCCUUUCCAAAUUAACCAUGCCUAGCCCGACCUUUGACCAUUGCUCUGUUGCGCUGAACAAGACCUCGAUCAUGGUCACUGGUGGAGUGGGACAGGAGUCGCAAGCUAUUAUCCUGGAUCUGAAGGGCAAGAAGUGGAACGCCAUGAAACCGAUGAAGCAACCUCGUCGAAAGCACUCUUGCAUCAAAGCCAAAGUGAAUGGUCGUGAUGGCGUGAUUGUGGCUGGAGGUGAAUCCGACGCAAUCCCGGAUCUGGCUUCCUUGGAGUUCUACGACAUGAAGGAAGGAAAUUGGUUGAGUUUGGGACGGAUGCGCCAAGGCAGAAGAUUUCCAGGGAUUAUGACUUUGUCAGGAAAUCUCGUGGUUGGAGGGGGUGAAUCUACGGAUUUCUUCGGUCAAAAUGUCUUCCUGGACACAAUGGAAACUCUUCGCAAGAGAACGUGGCGCCCCGUGAAGCAACGUCUCGAAACUCCAAGAAGUCGAUUUGGUUUCACACGCGUUCCCAGAACCCUUUUCUUCUAAGUAGAAAAAGUGAUUUCACAUAAACACGACUGGACAAUAAAGUAUCUGUGAUUUUGAAAAUA